AUGACGAGAGAUAUCGUGAUCUUUAUAUUUGUGAUAUUAUCAUUAGCAAUAAAUGCAGUUUUUUCAGCACCAAAUAUUUUCUGUCGAAGCACAAUAACAAAUUCCAAUUGCGAAAGUGAAUUAGAAGUAUUUGUCAAUCGACUUGUCUCAAUGGAUACGAUUUUAUCUUAUGAAUAUUCUUAUUUUCCGUUCUGUAAAGCGAACAACGAAUUAUUAUCAUUUGAAAAUCUUGGACAAGUUCUUCUUCAUGAUCGUCUUUAUUCAUCACCAUACAAAUUCACGUUUCUAAAAAAUGAGGAAUGUCAUCAUGUAUGUACAGCAUCGUCGGUCACAAGUAAUAAUCAAACAUCAAAUAUGUUAGAGCGAUUAAUGAAAGGUGUAACUUUAAAUUAUCAACAGAAUUGGUUUGUUGAUAAUAUACCUGUGACAUUAUGUUAUCAUAAUAUGGAUAAUGAAGAAUAUUGUUCUCGUGGAUUUCCCAUUGGUUGUUAUGUAAACAAAAAUGGCCAAUCAAGAGAAUCAUGUAAUAUUAGAGAUGGAAAAAAUGAUACAUUUUAUAUUUUUAAUCAUUUGGAUUUUGAAAUAACUUAUCAUAGCGGAGAAGGUGAAACAUGGGGAGUUGCAUUUGACGCAGAUGGAGGUCAAAUAAUUUCAAUUAAAGUUCAAGUGAAUAGUCUAAAUUCGGAUUCAUGUAAUCGUUUGGCUGAUCCAGUUAUGUUUCAAUCGACAAGUAAAGAUGUUACGAUUCCAUAUACAUAUAGUGUAAAAUUUGUGAAAAAUAAUGAAAUUCUUUGGAGUAAUCGGUGGAAUUAUAUUCUUAAAUCAAUAACAAAUUCGCGUAUUCAAUCGUUUUCACUUAUAAAUUCAUUGAUUCUUAUCUUAUUUCUUUCUGUCUGUAUUGCUGUGAUACUUAAACGGAUUUUAUAUCAAGAAAUUCCACAUUGUUAUCAAACACCUGAUGAAAUAUAUAUAGAAAAAGAAAUGAGAUGGAUAUUAAUUGCUGGUGAAACAUGGGGAGCUGCAUUUGGCGAAGAAGGAGGUCAAAUAAUUUCAAUUAAAGUUCAAGUGAAUAGUUUAAAUUCGGAUUCAUGUGAUCGUUUAGCUGCUCCAGUUAUGUUUCAAUCAACAAGUAAAGAUGUUACAAUUUCAUAUACAUAUAGUGUGAAAUUUGUGAAAAAUAACGAUAUUCUUUGGAGUAAUCGAUGGAAUUAUAUUCUUAAAUCAAUACCGAAAUCGCGUAUUCAAUGGUUUUCACUUAUAAGUUCGUUGACUGUUAUCUUAUUUCUUUCUGUAUGUAUUGCUGUGACAUUUAAACGGGUUUUACAUCAAGAAAUUCCACAUUUUUAUCAAUCAACUGAUGAAACAUGUAUAAAAAAACAAAUGAGAUGGAUAUUAGUUGCUGGUGAUGUAUUUCGAUUUCCAAAAAAUACAAUGCUUUUAUCUGUUUUAAUCGGUAAUGGUAUUCAAAUUACUAUGAUGCUUUUCAUUACAUUGUGUUUUGCAUAUCUCGGUUUUCUUUCACUUGAAAAACGUGGAUCAUUUAUGACUUGUUUAAUAAUUUGUUAUAUUCUAAUGAAUACAUUAUCUGGUUAUACUUCAGCUUGUUUAUACAAAUUAUUUAAUGGAAAACAACAAAAGAUGAAUAAUAUAAUGACAACUCUUGUAUGUCCUGGAUUCAUUUUUAUAAUAUUAUUCAUCUUAAAUUUCGUUCUUUCGAUAAAUAAUACUUCAAUUGUUAUUCCAUUUAUAACAUUCUUAGAAUUAUUUGCUUUAUGGUUCUUUAUUUCAAUACCGUUAGUAUUCAUUGGAGCUUAUUUUGGUUAUAAAUAUCCAAUAAGAAUGUUAGAAAAUCCUACUCAAACAAAUCAAAUUCAACGACAAGUACCGAAGAAGACUUUGUUUACAAAACCAUUAAUCGGUAUUCCCAUUGGUGGUAUUUUUCCAUUUGGUUGUAUUAUUAUUCAAAUAUAUUUUCUUUUAAGUUUUAUUUGGAUUGAACAAUAUUAUAAUUCGUUUAGUUAUUUAUUUGUCACUUAUAUUAUUUUAAUAAUAACAUGUUCAGAAACGACAAUACUUCUUUGUUAUUCACAUUUAUGUGCUGAAGAUUAUAAUUGGUGGUGGCGUUCUUUCUUUACAUCAGGCUUUACUGCUUUUUAUUUCUUUAUUUAUUCGAUUUGUUUUUUUAUGAACAAAUUAAAAUUUAUUGAUAAUAUAUCAAUAUUUAUGUAUUUUGGUUAUACAUUGAUAUUGACUUUGAUUUUAUUUUUAUUCACUGGUACAAUCGGAUUUCUUGCUUGUUUUUGGUUUGUUCGUAGAAUUUAUUCUGCUAUGAAAGCUGGUCUUAAGGAGUAA